UGUUUUUCUGCGUGCUUUUAGUUGCCUUCGACUUACAAAAUUCGCGUCUUUGCCCCCAGAAAUUGUCAAAAUGAUGUAUUUGCCUCUCCAUGUAUGCAUAUGGAAGCCAAAAUGACACAAAACGAAGAAUGAGCUUAAUAUAACUGGCCUUGUUACUGUGCCGGCAGACUUGUGAUUCCGAUACCGACCCACCUGCCAGCGACCAAAUCCGACUACACCCACUUCGGCAUCAAGCAAUUCAUAUCCCACUCAUCCUCUGAUAUGCUAGCUUGAACCUGGCAUCCCCUUGAUACAGUCUUGUUUCUAUUCCUUGGGUUCAUUUUCUACCGUCUGUGAAUCGAGCAGAGCCAUGGACCCUCUCGUGGCCGCAGAACUGGCAAAGUUCGACGAUAGCGUGGCAUUUCGUGCUCGGCCACAACAUGUCCACCACACUUGGGCGCGCACAUUUUCGUCCCUCCCAGAGCUUUUUAUCCAACCCGAGUCUCUGCCUGAAGUUGAGAAAGUUGUGAAUCUGGCACGAAGAUGCCGUCGGCGUCUAGUGACGACUGGCUGUGGCCAUUCACCCUCCAAUAUCACUUGUACAUCCAGCUGGCUCGUCAACCUGGACAACUUCAACAGGGUACUCUCGGUGAACAAAGAUACAGGUGUUGUUACCAUGGAGGGUGGAAUCAGGCUGUACGCCCUCUGUGAAGAGCUCGAGAAGCAUGGACUCACGAUGCCAAAUCUUGGAAGCAUCAAUGAGCAGUCUAUUAGUGGCGCUAUUUCAACAGGUACCCACGGAAGCAGUCUACGCCAUGGACUGAUGUCCGAAGACAUCCUUUCCCUUAAGGUCACAAUGGCAGAUGGAACCACAGUGUACUGCUCCAAAGAUAUCAAGACGGACCUUUUUAGAGCUGCCCUCCUUUCUCUCGGCGCUAUUGGUAUCAUUACCGAAGUUUCCUUCCAGGCAGUUCCAGCCUUUACCUUGAAGUGGGAACAGAGCAUUGACACAGACCACAAGAUGUUUGAGUCUUGGAAUCGAAACCUAUGGACGCAGAGUGAAUUUGUCAGGGUCUGGUGGUUCCCAUACACAAGACGUGCAGUGGUGUGGCAGGCAGAGCAAACCGAUGAGGAACACCGCGACCCUCCUCAGAGUGGGUAUGAUGGCUCAAUCGGCUACUAUGUCUAUCAUAAUCUUCUCUAUCUUGCCCAACGCGUUCCACGAAUCCUGCCAUGGGUUGAGUGGUUUGUCUUCGGUAUGCAGUAUGGCUUUCGGAAUGGAACCACUUCAUCAGCUGUUCAACCAAGUCGCAAAGCACUGCUCAUGAACUGCCUAUAUUCCCAGUUUGUCAACGAGUGGGCUAUCCCUCUUCAUAAGGGCCCCGAGGCCCUCCGGAGACUGAGCUCUUGGCUAAACCACUUGACUCCUGAUGAUCCUGAUUACGUUCCUCACAACAUCCCCUUCUCUGCUGACGGUCUUUACGUCCACGCACCCGUCGAAGUGCGCGUAAGCGACACCACUCUCACCUCGAACGUACGGCCAUACCUUGAUAUUACUGUUGAGAACGGACCUACGUUGUACCUCAAUGCGACACUAUAUCGCCCCUAUCUAAUGGAUCCUCCUUGCCACGAACGAUACUAUGAGGCUUUUGAGUGGCUGAUGAAAGACCUUGGAGGUCGACCGCACUGGGCCAAGAAUUUUAGAACCACUAGGCCUGAGAUUGAAGCGUUCUAUGGCAAGCAACUUGAAUCGUUCCGGGCCAUACGCAAUGAUGCUGACCCUCAGGGCAUGUUUGUCGGGCCAUGGCAUCGAGAAACAAUUAUGGAGGAUGGCGAAGGUCUUGAGUUCGAAGAGGUUGAGAUUCGAAGAGAGAAGAACCGCACAGGAGGUGUCACAACGUUUGGAAUCAUUUGAUAGCGUAACCGGUCAUGACAAAACGACAUGGGAAUUAGAUAUAUCGCUUGCCACAUGGCCCAUCAAAAACGACUUCAAUAUCGGGAAUUGUGAUGUGAUCUGGAUGGCCUAGGUAGUAUGCCGCGCCCAUCCACUUGACGAUCGAUAACAGGAAUAAAGUAUUAAUAUUAAAACCACUCGCUUGAAUUUGUCACAUAUCCGUCUGAAAGAGGAA